UCUAUUCAAAAUGGAUCAAUUAAAAAAUCUUUUAAAUUUAAUCAUGAAAUAUCUGUCAAUAUUAUUAAUAGUGAUUUCAUCAUUAUUUACAACAAAAAAUUUUGUACAAUGUUUUCGUCCAUACAAUUAUUAUGCACCGCAUCAAUAUCCUGAAACCGGACCAUUAUCAUACAACUUUCCAUUGAUCAAAGCAUUUCGUGGUGAAUUAACGCCCAACAAUAUGCUUUCACAGGCUACACAUUUAUGUGAAGGUGCAUUGAUGGGUCCCAGUUCACUUGUUGUAUAUCAACAUUAUCUUUAUACUGGAACCAUUGGCGGUGGAAUAUAUCGUUGUAAUCUAGAGACCGGUAAUGCAACAAGGAUUGUGAAAGUGGCCAAUGAAUUAUGUCGUACAAAAUAUUGGGAUGCAUCAUUGUGUGGACGACCACUUGGAAUACGUGUUGAUCGUUCAGGCAAUCUUUAUUUUAUCGAUGCAUAUCUUGGUUUACAUCAGAUUAGCUUCUAUGGUGCUAAUCAACAACGAUUACGUGUUAAACGUUUACUUUCACCUGAUCAAGUUGGUUCAAGAUAUAUGACACAUCUAGCUUUAGAUGAAGGUGGUGGAACAAAUGGUGGUAUUGUUUUCUAUAUAACUAUUGCCAGUACUCGUCAUGAUUUAAAUGAAUGGCCAAGAAUGAUUCUGGAACCUGAUCGUUCUGGUCGUGUUGUUCGUUUUGAUAUGGAUCUAAAUCAAACAGAAGUUUUAAUGCAAGGAUUAUGGUAUCCAUCAAGUGUUCAAUUAUCGGAUGAUCGAACAUCUAUCCUGGUGGUAGAAUUCACUGCCAGACGUGUUGUACGACAUUAUAUUAGAGGUCCUCAACGUGGUAAAACCGAAACAUGGAUACAAAACUUACCCGGUGAAGGUGAACAUCUGAUUAGAAGUUUAGAUAAAUAUCAAGAAACAUAUUGGCUCCCUGUAGUGAAUGCACGCAAUGUAUCAUCACCAUCAAUGAUUGAUUGGCUAAGCGAUAAGCCAUGGAUACGUGAAGAAAUUAUGCAAAAUUUCACGGCACUUGGCCAAAUUGAAAUGCUUGGAUCAAAAUGGUCAAAUUCUAAUCUUGAAAGAUUAGGUUUUCGAUUGAAAAAUUUACAUUUUUUCUAUGAUGAAGCAAUAUCAAAUGAUUAUGGUAUGGUUCUAGAGUUAGAUUCGAAUGGCCGUUUAUUAGGAUCAUUGCAUUCAAUUGAUGGCAGUAAUUUUCGAUUAUCAGAAGUUGUCGAAGGACCAACAGAAAAUCCUUAUGAACGUGUACUAUAUAUUGGUUCUUAUAAUAAUCCAUAUAUAUUGAAAUUAACGAUACCGAAUUUCACACAAGAUUAUCAACAAAAAAAUAAACAAAUUACCAGCAAUAAUAAAGUAACGGAGAAUGGUGUCGAUUUUAGUCUAUUACCAUAUGGUAGUACUAGACGUGCUAUCGCCACAAAUCUAGAUGGUACAAACACAAUAAGUCUUGAUGAUGAUAAUAAGGCCAUAUUUAUCAAUCCAUCAACAUCAACAUUGAAUCGUAGAUUACGAAAAGAUGCUACACGAUAUAGUAGUAGCACAUAGAUAUAUAUAUAUAUUGUUAUUAUUGUCAUAAUCUCAACCAAAUGGUAAAAUCAUACACAUCAUAAUAAUGAUGAUGAUAAUAAUGGACGUUUUUUUUUGUUUGUUUAAAGUUCUUCAAAGUGUGAUGACCGCGAUGACGACCUCAUCUUACAACAACAACAACAAAACACACACAUGCAUGCAUGCAUUUAAUUACCAUAGAUUUCAUUAUCUCGAAUUAUUUUUUUUUUGAAAUUUUCUUCUUUUUUUUGUUGAAUGAAUCCAUAUGAAUUUUUGCACAUCAAAUUCAUUUUUUCAUUAAUUUUUUUCUUCCAAGCAUUCCCUCUUUAAACAUUUAUAUUAUUCAAGCCAGAUGAUAAAGAUGGAAACAAUGUCACCACAUACAAACAAUCAUAAUAAAGUGAUGAUAAUGACAAUGACAACUAUUCUGCUAUGAAUGACUGAUUAUGAUUUACAACCACACACACACACAUACAUGCCAUGAAACUGUAUAUAAUCGCAAAUUUUUUUACUUUAUUCUUGAUUAUCUAACAAUUCAUUCUCAUUCAUUUUUAAUAAACGAAUUUUUUUUUUAAAAAUACAACAAGAA